AUGAGCCAGGCACGAGGCUUUAGGAUGCCGGGACAAUAUCCAGGAUUAUCGUCAGACAAUAGCGACGGCGAGGCUUUUUAUAGUGGAGAGAGCGACAGCCCCAGCCGUCGUACUCUGGAGGUGAUUCAAACGGAACUAAGUCAAAAAACAGCGUUACUCGAGUGUCUCCCACAGGAAGAUACAAACCCCUACGAUUUCGAUAUUCUCCAAGCCCAAAUCCUGAGUUUACAGGAAGAAUUUAAAAGAUUGGCCAUGGAUCAACAUGAUGCUAAAAUGGCCGAGCUUCUCCAGGCCUACAAUUCCGGCAGUGAAACGUACUCUGCAGUAGAUGGCACUCCUGAAUUAGGUUCACAUCGGUUCAAUGCCACAUCAUCUCGACAGGACACUACUAGGAAGAGGACAUAUUCUCAACUUGAUCGGUCAACUCAGGAUAAUGAGCUUGAAAAUCUUAGACGUCUCGCAGGACCUUCCCAUGACUCCCCAGCUCCAUCUUUUCUGUACGCGCCUUCUGCUUCAUUCAUGCCGAUGAACCCGACUGGCCUGGGUGACGUCCAGAACGUAGAUACGGUUAACAACAGCAUGUACCUGCCUACAACCCAAAUUUCCGGUUCUAGUAACCACCGCGGAGUAUCACGACAGUCACAAAUAACUAGUGACGAAAGGCUCGCUCACUUUCUUCAACAACAAGAAGUUAUUGAUCUUACUGGUGAUGACGACGACUAUGAUCCUGCUACCCUAUCAACAGCCUAUAAUCAAUUCGCGCCCAGCCAGUACGCAAGAGCCGGGCGAAGUUCGAAAAACACAACUAUACCCCGAAAUCUACAGCUUACCAACUCUAUCCCAAAAGUCGAGCCCGAAAUAGGAAACGCUAACUCUGGGGGGCUCGCGGACUGGUCAUUUUAUAAUGAAGACCAAGACCUCAUGGUCCAAAACGAACGGAUCCCGCUGUUCAACGUACCCGGGCUAGGAGUAUCUGAUGACCCUAUCGUCCUUGGCGAUGACAAUGAUGAAAGCUACGGAGACCAAGGGUUCAUGGUCCCGCCUUACGGACUUCCACAUCUAAACGCGCAGCGUUUUGGUCUAGCAUUCCCUCCAAGAUACUUUUCCCAUACCUCAUUUCCAAACUUCUCCCGAAAUUCUGAUCCUGACAUACUCUAUAACGAUAUCAGGCAUCGAGCGAGGGAUGAGCAAGAGGACGUAAAAAAGCUUCUUGAGCACUUGUCAGAUGACGCCGAGAAUAAACGCCCGAGUGACCGCUUACAAACUCCACCAGAACUAGCAAUAAAACUGAUGGAGCAUCAGAAAAUUGGCCUCACAUGGCUUGUAAAGCAAGAAGAGAGCAGCAAUAAGGGCGGUAUCCUCGCUGAUGACAUGGGUCUUGGGAAGACCAUUCAAGCAAUUGCAUUGAUCAUUCAUCGAAAAAGCAGCAACCCACACCACAAAACUACCCUAAUCGUCUGUCCCGUUGCCCUGAUGGCUCAAUGGCAACGAGAAAUCCAGCUCAAAGUUAAAGCCCGGCAUGCUCUAUCAACUUAUAUCUACCACGGUACCCAGCCAAAAAGAUACAAAAACUUCAAUGCCUUGAAGGAAUUCGAUGUCGUUCUAACUUCCUACGGAACGAUUGCCGGAGAAUUCAAGAAAAAGCAGGCCUGGAUGGCUGAGAAACGGGUCAGAUUCCCCGCGAAUGAAUUCCCUUUCUUGUCAAGUGAAAGCACUUGGUACCGGACGUUAGCUAGCCGAGCCUGUACCGAUCUUAUGGCAACAUACCGAUUAUGUCUCAGCGGAACCCCCAUGCAGAAUAACAUUGAUGACCUUUUUGGUGCGGUUCGAUUUCUUCACCUAGCCAGGUACCGCGAAUUCCGAGCUUGGAAUACGGAUUUCGGAUCUAAGAUUAGGCUUGGGAGGAGUUUUGCAGCGGACGCUAUGCAAAGAUUGCAAGCACUCAUCAAGGCAGUAAUGCUAAGACGGAAAAAGGAUUCUCUGAUCGAUGGGGCACCUUUACUUGUCCUUCCACCAAAAAGCAUUGAACUGGUCCAUCCAGUUUUCAACGAAGACGAACAAGAAAUCUAUAACGCCGUCGAGCAGAAAGUUCAGUUGCGCUUCAAUAGGUACAUUGAAAACGGCUCGGUACUUCGGAAUUACACGUACGUUCUCUUGCUCUUACUUCGGCUUCGCCAAGUUUGCUGCCACCCAAAGAUGAUCAAGGAUCUCUCCGUAAAGGUCACGGAUGAAGAGAAGGAGCUACAAGCCAGGUUGAUCAGCCAGCUGGGCCCCGGUGUUGUUGAAAGGUUGAAGGCGGACCCUGUUGUCAGCUGUCCAGUCUGCUUAGACAGUCCCGAGAAGAUGAAACUGGUAUCCCCUUGUGGGCAUUGUUUCUGCGAAGAUUGUUUGACAAACCAUAUCAACCUAUUAGUAGCGAACGGUGAGGAUGUCAAUCGACUAACUUGUCCAUUUUGUCGUGGGCCUCUUCUUAACCCGUCCAAUUUGAUUGAUUGGCAGGUAUUUAAAGAAAUACAUUUACCAGAGGAAAAUGGAAUAGAGCAAGAAUUGGAAGGUAUAGGAAAUCAACUUGAUAAUGUCCUCGGAGGCCAACUUUCAAGUGAUUCGGAUUCAGAUUCGGAUUCGGAUUCGGACGCAGACUCGGAAUUUGACUCUGACGACGAGGGAUCUGAUCUUGGGGGGUUUAUUGUUUCAGAUGGCGAAGUCGAUUCAAACACAGAUAGUGAUGCUUCAAGCCGUGCCGGAGAAAUCAGGUCACGCUUUAGCCCAGUCCCCCCCGCGAGAGUCAAGCGAGAGCCUGGGCCUUCUCGCCAGAAUGGUUUUAAGAAGGAAGAAGUAGAAGACGACUUCGCCCUAACCCAAAACUCCACAGCACCUUCUAACUCAGGGUUUAAAUCCGAAGAUGACCUCCCUGAUGAUAUAUGGGAAGAAUUCAAGGUAAAUAAUCAGGUAAAGGAAGAAAAUGAUGGAAAUGAUGGAAAUGGACCCCAUUCUAUCAAAGGCAAAGCCGCAGACAUUAAAUUGAAGUUUGAGAAAGAUAAAAAGAAGAAACCUUCAGGGAAACACAAAGAUAGAGGGAAGAAACCGGGCUCGAAGAAAACCCAGAAAUCAAAAAAAGCGAAGGGAAAGCAGAAGAAGAAGAAGGAGAAGCGAGUACUAAACCUUAGUGAUAAAAGAGCGCUAGCUGUCCGAAACAAAAAAGCUCGUAAGAAGUACUUCCGCGAACUUGCAAAGGACUGGCAUUCGAGUACCAAGAUUGAGAAGGUCAGAGAGAUCCUCAAAAACAUUCGAGAGAACGAUCCCUCAGAGAAAACAAUCAUAUUCUCCUCUUUUACUUCGUUCCUUGAUUUGCUUUCCAUCCCGCUAGAUCGGGAGGACAAAUACAAUUUCGAGAGAUACGACGGAUCUAUGACUGCCAAAGACCGUAACGACGCCGUUCUCAAUUUUACAGAAAACCCUGAUAUCACGGUAAUGCUUGUUUCAUUAAAAGCCGGAAACUCGGGUCUUAACCUCACAGUCGCCUCACACGUCAUUAUCAUUGAUCCAUGGUGGAAUCCAUACGUAGAAGAACAAGCGAUUGAUCGUGCCCACCGAAUUGGCCAAGGGCGCCCAGUCUUUGUCCAUCGAUUGAUCAUUGAAAAUACUGUCGAAGACAGAAUUCUCACGCUUCAGGAGCAGAAACGGGAGAUAAUAUCUGCCGCAAUGGAUGAAGAUGCGAUCAAAGGACUCAACAGGCUUAGCGUUAAUGACCUCAUGUAUCUUUUCACCGGAUCUCGCAACCGGUAA